UCGGUCCAUGGCUUGGCUCACCUCACAUCCAUGAUCCAAGUUUGUUGAGUCGGCUGUCUCGUGAAAACCCCCGGAGUAACAUUGAGGCUUCUCAUUUCCAUUCUUCUUCCGUGUGUAUGUAGAUAACGGAAGGGCCAAGUGUCGGGAGCGAGCAUGCAUGCAUGGUUGUGGCUGAUCAAUCACGACAUGGUUAUCAGGCCCCUUGAAAUCAUCGACAGGUCCCUCGUGGUUGGAUCGCGAACUCCGAGUCGCCGCCGUUUGUCUUUGUUUUCUUCGGUUGCUACUAUUGUUGCCGUAGCACUGCAGUGCACUGAUAAAAGUUUUGGAUUAUUUUUGGUGUCCGUUCCAUUUCCUUGAAUUUCAGGUAGCGCGUUGAUAAUGCCAGGGGCUAUUCCCACUAUCUUUCUUCCAUUUCCGCUGCCAGGACUACUUUCAUGGUUCCCGUCGUUUUGUUCCUUCCUCCUUCCUUAUCUAUAGAAAAUUUCCUGACACCCUAGCGCCUAGUUCUUCGUCUGCCAAAGUAACUUGAUGUCUGCCUCUUCCAACUUCAUCCCCACCAUCUAUUGAAAGGACUCGAUCAAAGCACUAUGCUUCUUUAUUUCCAAAUUCAACAAUUCGGGUCUUCAAUUCCGAGAAUGUUUAGCUAGUCCAGGUUGUUUCUAACCAAGGUCUAGCCCAGGCCACACCCUGUUUUCCCGACAUCAAAAUCACCUAGCCACUGGCAGUGCCCCAGAGACUCACUCCGCACCAAGGUCGCCGGGUCAUUCCUAUUUCUUAUACGGAGUACUCGACGCAUUGCAAGAAAGCCUUGCUCUUUCUGUGCUGAAUGGGAGUGGUGUGUUAGGAAAUCUCCAGUUCAGUUCCCGCGCCCCUCCGUUAUUCAGUCUCCAGUCUCCGCCUUCUUACGCCAUAACUAUAAUUGCCCUUAGCCAUGGCACAGUCUAGUCCCUAAGCUCAGCGACUAACUUUAAUCCAAAUAGCGCAGGAAGCCCUCUCUCUCCCUGUUUCUGGGUUUCUGCCUUCUCAUCUUCCUUAACAUCACAAGUUGCCAACGGACUUCUGCUUUCUUUGGAAGACAUGCUCGAUGAGACGCGCGCCUCUGUAUGGGCGCGGCUCAAAGCUGUCAAGCCGCCGUUUGUGUCCAAAAAACCACACUUCAACUUUAUUUCCGUUCAUUAUACAUGGAUCAUUGGCGCAACCUUGGUAGCUUCCGUCAUUAUAUAUGGUGCUGGUCGCGGUCAGACGUCAUAUGUCGAUUCUCUUAUGUUCGCCAGCGGAGCCAAUACACAAGCUGGACUGAACCCAAUCGACGUCAACCUUCUCAACACCUUUCAACAAAUUGUCGUUUACCUCUUUACUAUAACGUCUAACCCAAUCACACUACAUACUUCAGUGGUCUUCUUACGUCUUUACUGGUUCGAGAAGAGGUUUCAAGGGUGGGUUACGGACGCCAGACAGCGCCGUGCUACACUCUCUAAGGCCAAGACUCGUCCACGAAGUGAAGCCCGUGAAGCUGAAGAAGGAGUCAAUGGUCGGCAUAUUACGGUUGUGCCUUACCAGGGGAGACCUCCACGUAUCACGAACGACGGCAUACUUCUUGAUGGAAAUGACGUUAUUCAAUCUCAAGCGAUCGCCGACGAUGAUGAGGAUGAAAAUCUACCACAUAAACCACCACCUGCGAGCAGCGAUGAAAGCGACACAGUCUCAGCCGGCCGUUCUAACAGCAUAGAGCUAAGUCCUUUGGAGAAAUCUGAUCAGGGCUUUGGAGAGGGCGGGGAAGUGAAUGAGGGGCAGAGCAGGUCACAGAAUGCGCCGACAGGUAUCAAGUUUGCUGAGACGGUCAAGCGAAGUGACGGAGUCGACGACGACUUGACCAAAUUUCCCCAGAGAAGAAGCCAUGCGGAGCAUAUCGCUAUUCUAGAGCGUCAAAGAAACCAGGACAACGAAAUUCUGAGGAUUCCUGGUCCCCGAGAAACCGAGCGGGGGAUGGGACCUCGAAGGCUUGACAAUGAUGAUACCCAGGACGGCGAUGAUGACAACAACACCAUUGCUAUGACAAGAACUGUGGAGUCGAGGCCAGACAACGCGACACUAGACCACAGGGCACCAACAGGCCGCAGACCAACCAUUGUUAUUGCCGAGCCGAAACGUCCCCUCAAACACGAACUGACUGAUGAUGCCAAAGCCGUUGGCGGCACUCUUAAUGCCCUUAGAGUGCGCAAGCCUCGUGUGUUCAACCGUGGUCAGAAGGAAGUGCACGAUGACAAUGAGAGCACUAUGGGUCGUGCUUUCCGAACACGCACAAUCGAUACUAUCAAGUCGGCCUUGUCAAACGACCACACGAAAGAUAUGCCCUACCUCAGUUACACCCCGACUAUAGGUCGAAACUCUAACUUUGUGGGAUUGACCCUGGAACAGCGAGAGGAACUUGGCGGUAUCGAAUAUCGAUCCCUGAGGACUUUAGCAUUGAUUUUAAUGUCCUAUUUUUGGGGGUUCCAGCUCAUUGCUGUAACCUUCCUUUUGCCUUUCAUUCUUCAUAAUGAGAAAUACGGGAGAAUUGUUGAAGGGAACGCUAUCUCAAGAACCUGGUGGGGAUUUUGGACGGCCAACUCGGCAUUCAACGACUUGGGUCUGACCCUAACCCCUGAUAGUAUGAACUCUUUCAAUACCUCAGAGUAUGUAAUGAUGACCAUGUGGUUCUUCAUUAUCAUUGGAAACACGGGGUUUCCUGUCAUGCUACGUUUUGUCAUUUGGGUUCUUGCUCAGAUUGUUCCUAAGGGGACCGGCCUGUGGGAAGAGCUCAGAUUUCUUCUUGACCAUCCUCGCCGGUGUUUCACCCUCCUAUUCCCCUCGAGCGCCAAUUGGUGGCUAUUUUGGAUCCUUGCCGCAUUGAAUGCCAUAGACUUGCUUUUCUUUGUGGUCUUAGAUCUCAACUCAGGUCCAGUCGCUGAACUACCGGUUCAUACUCGAAUUGCCGAUGGUCUAUUUCAAGCUGCCUCUACAAGAACGGCAGGCUUCUCGUGUUUCAGCCUUAGCGACCUUCACCCAGCCGUCCCAGUAUUGUACAUGAUCAUGAUGUACAUUUCGAUCUUCCCAAUCGCAAUCUCCAUCCGCCGAACGAACGUCUACGAAGAAAAGUCUCUUGGAGUUUACCACAACAAGAAAGACGAAGAUGAAGAGGAAUCAGCCAGCGCUCUAAACUAUGUUGGUACCCAUCUGCGACGCCAACUUUCUUUCGACUUGUGGUACGUUUUUGUGGGGUUCUUCUUUCUCGCCAUCAGUGAAGGUGAAAGUCUCAAGGCAAAAGACUUCAAUUUGUUUGAUGUUCUUUUCGAAGUUAUCAGUGCGUACGGAACUGUGGGUUUGAGUAUGGGUGUAUCCAACGUCAAUGCUUCUCUGUGCUCUCAGUUCACCGUUGUUGGGAAACUCAUCAUCGUUGCCAUGCAAAUCCGUGGCCGUCAUCGCGGUCUGCCUUAUGGGUUGGAUCGUGCUGUUCUGUUACCCAGUGAGGCACGUUUCCAGAAGGAAGCAGAGGAGAACCAACCGAUUCUUGUUCGCACCAGGACAAAUGCCUCAAUGGCCACCGCCUCAGGCAUGGAACCGCCUACUAGUCCAGGUUUACCUGAUCGGCGUGGCAGUAUAGGCCGUAUACGCGAGCGAACAAAUAGUCGCAUCAUUUCCCAAUUUUUAUAUCCUGGUCCCGUAAUCCCCAGCAACGAGAUACACGGUCACAAACGCGCAACAUCAAACAACUCUAACAACCUGCGGGAUUUCCCGCGAUUCAAUACCGAGCCAGUGUUCGAAGAGGAAAAGGACGAUGUUCCUCCUCUUCGAACCAUUGAGUCUCAUAGUGGUGGUCCUCGUCGUGCAGAGGCCAACCCGAUGCCCUAAACAGCCGGCAACAAUCAAAGCUUUGCUUUUGCAGAUCAUGCGACAGAUACGGCAUUAUACUCUGUUACAUGGCUUCAUUGUCCUUCUGAGAGGGGUCUUCCGUUCAUGCAUCAUUUCGCAAACUACAUAUUUUCCGGACAAAAAGCGAUUUCAAAUGUCAAAAGGGUUUACGGCGUUCAGCAUCAGGGUUUUAAGAAUAGAGCUUUUGGAAGGCGAUAGUCAUAGCGCAAGCUUUUGUUUCAUGUCGAGCCGAACGAAUGUCGCAAAUUUAUGAUGGUUCUAGAGGCUGGACCAAGGUGUUUUCAUAUUCAUGGCCUUUUAUGUAGCGUAGCAAGUUCCAGACCACACUGGCGUUUCAUCUUGUCCAGGGACUUGCAUAUCAUCAUGGUCUUCGUUAGAGUAUUCAUGCCCAAUAGAAGGCGAUCCCGCCCUAGGUGCAAACCAUGGCCAUUUAAUCAUUCUUUGCAUCCAGUACAAUAACUACACUUUUGCUAUUCAUAUAGCAUAUCCACUGCUCCUAUACAGUUACUUCAUCCAAGUUUAAUUAAGUCUAGAGAAUCUAUGCAUAGGUCUGUAUUUUAUGAUGGCCUGCUCACUUGGUCUCAAAAGCACCAAUAUCCUUCAAUGCGCCAGCCAAACGACGGUAAUCUCGCAAUAAGUCAAGAACUUCACCCAGCUUAAGUUCCCCAGGAGUCUGUAUCUCCAUGAAGCGUUUGUUAGGCGGAGCAAUUCUAGGAAUCUCUUUUGGUGGAAGAGCUGCGGCGAUGUCAGGGAAUGCCUGGAUGUUCGUUAGCCUUAGUUACUGGCAGUCUGACUUUCGUGUCUUCAACAUACUGUUCCUAAAUCUCCACCGUCUGCGGGCUUCACCGGCUCCUUAGCAGCUGGGGUUGAAGGGGCUGAUGGGGUGUUGCGCCCAAAUCCACGGAUCAUGCUGAUGCUGGGAAGUCGAGCCAUAGGAUUAAAAGAAUUGCCUAAGUUGCGCAUCUGGUCCAGAACGGCAGGGUUCUGCCCCGGAAUUUGGUUGGCUGUCUUAGGCUCGUCAGAAGCGAACAAUACUUUCUUUGAAGAGCUCGCACUGCGACCACUUCGAGCACUAUCAGCACUGCGGUCGCGGCGGCCUCCUAUCAGGUUCAGGACUCGUUCUUCGCGAGAGGCUGGGCGCUUCGAAAGAUCAUUGUCGUCAGGUGCAAGGAGUCUGUUGAGCCCGCUGCUGUCCUCCUCAUCCGGGGAGGGCGUGCUGACAAGUUUUCGGGCAUCAUCUAGAGUCCUAGGUACUGUGAUAGACUCUCGGGGGCUAUCCUGAUGCUCCCUUAAUUUCCCUACGAGGAAUUUGUAACUAUCUCCCAGGCUGUUCGAUAUGUUUUUCAAGCUCUGGUCGGCUGUGUUAAAGACCGCAUCGCUGGCAGCCCCGAAAGCCUGUGCAGGCCCGUUCACAAGAUCGCUCAGACGACGGUUUCGCAACGCCACAGAUGCUUUAACAUCGGAGGCUGAGGUCUUUCCCCCCUCAGCCUUGGUCUUGCUUGUUUCGGGCAUAUUUGCCGAUGAGGGC